AUGAGAAAAAGAGACCAGCAACAGCCGCUCUUCUUUUUGGAUAUAUUUGAGCCUCCUCCACAGUGGAGAACUACUGCAACUCGAAGUAACAAUGGUGGAGGCAAUGCUGGUUAUCAUGCUCAUUCACCAACUCAUCGAUCGCCCAUUCAUCACCAGCCUUCACUUUCAGAAAUUGUGUACCAAGAUUAUAAUAGCAAUGCUGAAAUUCAGGAUGAUUCUUCGGGCAGCGAUGCUAGAUUACAUGGAUUUGAAAACAGCUCACUAUCGCUCCAUACUGUAUCAACAAGCGAACCCAACGAUGAUGAAAUUCAUCACUAUGACGAUAUUGAAGAUGAUGAAGGCGUGGAUAAAAAUGCAUUUCAAAGACACCAGUCAGAUAAUGUGAGUAUCACAAACUCCUUAUUUACAGCCGUCGACCAUUUGGAGGAUGAUGACAAUAGUUCAACAGAAAACCUGCGUCAUGGGUAUUUACCACAGAUUGAUACCAUUCUGGAGAAUAACAAGUCGAUUAAUGCACAAGUCAAGAAGUUGAAUGUUAAAACAUCGAUUGUUUGGCAAGAUUAUAGACCACAAUACCAAUUAUUAAAUGAAUCCUAUGACGAUGAAAUAUACUCUACCAUAGAAAAAAUGCAGGCUAUAGAUCACAAGUUCAAUCAAACAAGGGUCAAGUUUCAACUAGAAAUUGAAAAAGAACAUGUAGACAUGUCCAAUAAGUUACUCUUACAAUGUAAAGAGCUCAGUAAAGAAAAAGAAAAUGCAAAGUCGGAUACCGAACAAGAAGAAGGUAUGCGAUUUCAAUCAGAAAAGGUGCGGUUAAAUGUUGGUGGAAAUAUAUUUGAAACAUCCCUUAGUACACUUCGACGUGACACAAACAGCUUAUUGGCCACUAUGUUUUCUGGGAAACAUCCAAUUAUGGCUGAAUCAGAUGGAUCUUAUUUCAUUGACCGUGACCCAUCCCACUUUCGCCUUGUGUUGAAUUAUCUGCGAGAUUUGAGGAUUCCGCCUACGAUCCUCCAAGAUGUCAGGAUUCGUCAGGAACUGUUCCAAGAGGCAAAAUAUUACAGCAUUGAUGGUCUAGUCAAAAUUUUACAAUAG